AUGCCCCCGCAAACUAUACAAGCUUAUCCACCUUCCACAAAAAUACUGUUUGGGAAUUGCGAUACUGUGUUGAUUCAUACAGGCAUGGGUGGGGGGAUCUCCAACCUGCAAGUCGCCCAAGUUUGUCUCAUUUUCCAACCAGUUGGAUCCUCCGCAGUGUGGGAUGCUGAGGUAUUCCUGGUGUUUGUUUAUGCAGAGAGCUUUGAAUUUGCGGGCUUGCAUAGAGACACAAACGGCACCAUCCUACAGGAGCCGGACGUGCAGAUGUUCCUUCUCCAGAGGGGGUACAGGCCCACAAAUCCGUCAGGCAAGACCGUCAAAGCGGGGGGUAUCUAUCAACUGGAUGCAGUUUUCAUUCCUGUUGAUAUCAUCCCAGUAUUCAGAAAGGUAAUGGACCGUAGAUUGAAUGCUACUAAUUGCCAUGAGCUCCCUACAACAUUCUACCUAAACAACUUCUCGGAUAAGGAAACAUACAAUACAUUCAUGUCUGAAUUCUAG